AUGGCAGAACACACCCUGACACACGUUGAUGCACCAGCACACAUGUUUAGAGGGCGACCUUACAUUCAUGAAAUACCUUUAGAACGAAUGGUUGGGCAUGGAGUAAUAAUUGAUGUAACAGAAAAGGUUGCUGUUAAUGUCGGCUAUGGUGUAAUGGUGGAAGAUUUACUAAACUGGGAAGCCCAUUUUGGUAAAAUACCAGAAGGUGCAGUGGUUAUUAUGAAAUCAGGAUGGUAUAAAAAGUAUCCAGAUCCAGCAUUAGUAUUUGGGUCAGAACAUUGGAACAACACAGAAACUCACAAGUUCCCUAGUUGGACAAUUGAUGCUGUAGAAUGGUUGUUAAGCAAAAGACAUGUGAUAGCUCUCGGUGUUGAUACGCCUUCCGUUGACCUUCGAGGUCUCAGAGCAUUACCAGUUCAUGACCGUCUUUUUCGUGAUUCGAUAAUUGCAUUAGAAGGAGUUGCAAACUUAGGUGCGAUUCCUCCCUGUGGAUCAAUGAUUUUCAUCCCUCCUUUGAAGUUGUACAAAGGAAGUGGAUCACCGGCUAGAAUAUUUGCAACGGUCCCAAAAGUUAUGCACAAUGACGGCCAUAAUGAAGUUGAAAUCGCUUUAAAGGAUGCUAAUCAUAGAUUUCGUAGUGCUAGGAUGAACGGAAAGAUUCCUUAA